ACGCUCCCGUCGUGCCCCGAGGCUCCAGGCGGUGGCGGAGGCGGAGCAGGCGGGCUGGUUGCUAAGACUUGGUGAAGCGCAGCGCUUCCGCCCGUCUCCUCAGUCAGAGCCCCACUGAGGAUGGACCCCGCCCUGGGCGUCAUGGAGCUGCGCAGAGAUGCAAAGGCCAAGAGUCCUGAGCAAGAACCGCCGUGGCAAGCCCUCCCGGUUCUGUCAGAGCAGCAGUCUGGGUCCGUGGAGCUGGUGCUGGCCUAUGCUGCGCCCGUCCUGGACAAGAGCCAGACCUCACGCCUCCUCAAGGAGGUGUCAGCAGUCCACCCGCUGCCUGCGCAGCCUCACCUCAAGAGGGUGCGGCCCAGCCCUGACCCCAGCCGCCCGCACUCACUGGAAAUGCUGCUGUGCCUGGCGGGGCCGGCCCGGGGCUUGCGAUCGCUGGCCGAGCUCCUCCCGCGGCCGGAUGUGGACACCCGUGGCCUGGGGCAGCCCUUCCUGGUGCCUGUGCCUGUGCGGCCGCCCCUGACCAGGAGCCAGUUCGAGGAGGCGCGCACUCACUGGCCCACGACUUUUCAUGAAGACAGGCAGGUGACCCGAGCCCUGGCUGGAUGCCUCUUCUCGGCCCAGGAGCGGGCUGCGAUGCAGGCCCACAUGGAGCGGGCCGUGUGGGCCGCACAGCAGGCAGCCUCGAGGGGCUUGAGGGCCGUGGGCGCGGUGGUGGUGGAUCCGGCUUCAGGCCGCGUGCUGGCCACGGGCCACGACUGUAGCAGCGCUGCCAGCCCCCUGCUGCACGCUGCCAUGGUGUGCAUUGACCUGGUGGCGCGAGGCCAGGGCUGCGGUGCCUACAACCUGGCGCCCCACCCUGCCUGCUCCUUCGCGCCGGCCGUCCGCGCCGGCUCUGUGCGCAAGCUGGACGAGGACGAGGAUGGGCUGCCGUAUGUGUGCACCGGCUACGACCUGUAUAUCACCCGCGAGCCCUGCACCAUGUGUGCCAUGGCCCUGGUCCACUCGCGGGUGCGGCGUGUCUUUUAUGGGGCGCCCUCGCCUGAUGGCGCACUCGGCACCCGCUUCCGCCUGCACGCCCGGCCUGACCUCAACCACCGCUUCCAGGCCUUCCGCGGCAUCCUGGAGGCCCAGUGCCGCCAACUGGACCCCGACGGGCUGGACCCCAAGGCAUAGGC